AUGGGAAAUUGCUCUUGCCUCAAAUGUCCUGGCGAAAACGAAAAAUCUACUAUGGAAAAUUUCCACGAAAUGCAAAAACCCAGUCUCAAACAAAAACUCCUAUGUGGUGACAAAAAGCCUCAAACUGAAAUUCAAAUCAGCAUGUGGGAAAUCGUCCGCCUCCAAAGUGUCCUUCGUGGCUAUUUAGAGCGUAAAAAAACUCAUAUCAUUAACAGAACAAAAUCAAUAAAAGCACAAUUUAGCUCAGCCAUACCAGACCCCUUAACUGAAAGCUCUCCCCAAAUUAAGCCAAAAAAACAAUUUCUACCUUCUUCUCUGUCCACAAUUACCAGAUCAUUUUUAAAAGAAAUCCCAGAAGAAGAUAUUCCUGACUACUCCACAGCAGCAAGUAGAGCUACCUUAGCCAAGCUUGGGCCUUAUAAAAUAGAUGAACCAUUUCCUGAAAAUGAGCCUAGAAUGAAGCACAACCCAGUCGAGCUGGAAAAUGGAGCUAUUUAUAUAGGAGAAUGGAAUAAAAAUAAUCAAAGGCACGGGUUUGGGCUGCAACUCUUUACUGACGGGUCUCAAUAUGAAGGGUAUUGGAUAAAAGAUAAAGCAAACAUAAAAGGAAGAUUAGUCCACGACGAUGGCGAUGUCUAUGAUGGCGAGUGAAAGGACGAUAAGGCUUGUGGAUAUGGAAUUUAUGUAUAUAUUGAUGGGGCAAGAUAUGAAGGAGACUGAAAAAAUGAUAAACAAAAUGGCAUAGGGACUGAGUAUUGGCCUGAUGGAGCGAAAUAUCAAGGAGAGUAUUUAGCUGGCCUAAAACAUGGAAAAGGAAAAUUCGAAUGGGCAGAUGGAAGUACCUAUGAAGGGGACUUUAAAGACAAUGAUAUUCAUGGGCUUGGGGUUUAUACAUACUUUUUGUGAUAGUUUUGAUUAUUUUUUGAAAGGAAAUUGGAAAAGAAUAUUUAGGUAAAAAAAUAUAUGAUGUGAUGGGAGAAAAUAUAUAGGAGAAUGGGCAAAGAAUAAAAUGCAUGGGAGAGGGACUUUUACUUGGAGUGAUGGGAGAUCGUAUAAAGGGGAGUAUGCUGAGGAUAAAAAGCAAGGAUUUGGAGUUUUUGAGUGGCCUGAUGGAAGAAAGUUUGAAGGAAACUGAUAUAAUGGCAAUCAGAAUGGGGUCGGCUGGUAUUCAACUACAAAUGGGUUGAAAAAGAAAGGUGAGUGGAAAGAUGGGAAAAGAAUAGCAUGGAUUACUGAAUAA